CACCGAACACCGAGCAGUCCCCCAACUACCACAACUUUCAUAUCUCAUCUCCAUCUUUCUGUAACCCCCCCCCCCACACACACGUAUGCUUAUAUUCUGUUUUCAUCCAUUCACUUUUUCUUCUUUCUACUGCCUCCUUCGUUAAUCUCCUCUGUUCUCUGUAACUUUAAUCCGUUUCUAUGAUGUAGCUAUUGCUUUUGAAGACUAGUAUUUAGGAAUUCAGAAUGGUAAGUUUAAGCACGGUCUAAGUUUUUUGUAAUGGUUUGGCAUGCAUAUUUCAUCAUUUUGUGUGGUAUUGACUUUAUGCUUUGUCUCUUUUAGAACAAUACAUGUGUUUUUGUUUCAGUUGUCAAGUUUAUAUGCCAUUAAACUAUCAUUAUAAGUGUUCUGUUUUAUCUAUUAAGGAGUACGUCUUAUUAUUAUGUUAUUUAUAUUAAUUGCCUUGAUCCCCAUUUUCUCCUCUCAAAACAUUAAUUAUAAUUUGUAAGACCUCUUCAAUUGCAUUAUAACUCUUCAGUUGUGCAUUAUUGAAUUGUACGUGCUGUGCAUUACUAUACUUCUCUAAAACAAAGUUACGUAAAGACUUAAUUUCGUGAUGCAAUUAAAGAAGUUUCAGAAACCUUUGUAUAAAUUGUUAAAAUGCCUUAGUUCCAAUGUCAUCUUUGGGAACUUUCAAGGGGUCCUUAUUGUUUAUUACAAGCAAAAAUUGAUAACUCAUGCGUCAUUAGCAGCGGAAGACAUUGGAGAACUUCAGGAAUAUUAUCUUGUUAUCAUCGCCACAGGAUGGGUACGUUCCAUACCAUUCAGCUAGAAUAGAGAUGUGCCAAGCAUCCUCAGCAGACUCUUCAAAAAAAGGGAAGAGAUUCAUGGAGAUGCUCAACCAUUGUUUGGACCAGCUACGCGCACCGUCAUGUGAGCACCGGGUUUUCAUGCGAUGCGAUGUUAAUUUUGAUACAUCCUUGCAGGGAAAGAACUUGAACACCAUGAUUGGCCGGGCUGCUCAUAUUGAGUUUCUUGAAUCUGAUUCGUAUGUGAAAUUCAUAAUGUGGUCUUUUCCACAACUUUUCCGUUGAAUGCUGCGUCUUAGGCGUGCGUGGUGGUUAACAGUUCCUUGAAGAAAGAUGAUGAUGAUGAUGAUGAGACUCAGGUUUCCAAUUUCUGGGUACAGUUUAUUACUCUCUUCACUGAAUAUUGUAUCCUUCUCAGACAGAGUUUAUUUAGCCCAUCCGAGAAAACGAUACAAAUUCUAGUUUUGUUUAUUUUGGGAAAUAGUGCAGUUAAUUAUUUUGUGCGGUUAUAGUAUGAUGUUAGGUAAGUAGUUGAAGAACAACAUGCUUGUGCAGUUGUGCUGCCUCUUUAUAUUAAAAGUAUAGGAAUAUUUUCAUGCUAUGACUUGUAUGAGUUUGGGGCUUUUGCCUCGUGCCAUAAACUGCCAUUGACACUUUUAAAUGUAAAUACUACUCGAGUAGUAUAAAUAAUGAGAAACUUGGUGU